AUAUAGGGGCUCGCAAAGAGCCCGCACUCAAUGGUGGUGGUAAUCAAUCAAGUUCCAAUAGCCAAAACACCAAUAGCAAUAAUAAUUCCAGCAACAACGUUCACAGCAGCAAUAAUACGAAUAGUAGUACCAAUAAUGCCGCAACAAAUGGCAUGUUAAGUAGCAAUACAUCGUCUAGCAGCACAAAUAACAAUAAUAAUCACCAGAGUAACAAUAAUUCCUAUGCCGAUGGUAGCCUAAUGCAACAACAGCAACAAUAUGCUGCUGCCGAAGCAGCCCUCGGUACUUAUGCGGCAAAUAUGAUGUUCCCCGGUGGAAAAUAUCAUACGCAACAUCAUCAUCAAAAUCAUCAUCCGCAACAGCAGCAUCAACAGCAACAACAACAACAUUCAAAUCAUCAACAGAGCCAACAACAACAGCAACAAUCAUCAGCAUAUGCGGCAGCAACAUCAAAUCAAAACUCAACUAGCUUGCAACAUCUCCAUCAACAGCAACAGCAGCAGCAACAACAGCAACAACAACAACAGCAGCAACAGCAACAACAACAACUUCAGCAACAACACAGCAAUUACAAUUUCCACAUGGGUGGCAUGCCACCCGCCUUUGCUGCACAUUCCCAGGCCGCUCUAGCAGCGGCUACUGCUGCUGCCGCAGCCGGUUACAUGACACCCACCGCCCAUCAGGCACCACCAUCUUUGAUGCAAACGGCCGCCCAUCAGCAACAAUUGCAUCAGCAACAACAACAGCCACAGAGUCAUCAGCACCAGCAGCAACAUCCUACUACAGCUGCUCAUCAUCAACAUAGCAGCGCUGCACAAAGUGUAUUUGCUGCAAGAAACCUUCCAUUUGCUGGAUAUGACUACAAUUAUCGAGCAGGAGGUUAUCUAUAAGAAUAAA